CUCACAUCUAUCAUAAUUUUUUUUUUAAAUCGUUCGAAAUCUUAAAUUUUUGUAUUCAAAGUCAAAUUUGCAAUGUCUUUUACAUUCAGUUGUUGGAGCUAUUUACCGCCAGGUGCGUGCUGAGUGAAUUUGCUGAAUGAGCUUUCUUUCAAAAUCUCCAUUUUGUUUAUAACUGUCAAUUCACAUAGCGAAUAAAAGAAGGGAGAAAGCGAAAAAGUCAUCAAAUAGAGAAAACAAGUCAGCUGCAGAAAAAAUUGUCCCAUAAAUAAACGCAAUUAUUGGCGUCGUAAAAGUACAAAAGUUUUGCAGAAAUUGCAGUUAUUUAGAAGGAAAAACACACACAUUUUUUGGAAGUCUAAAUUUAUUUAAAACGUAAUGGCGCAGAACAUCAGUCCAGAGCACAGUGGAGUGGACACGGGCAAACAAGGUGCUAACUCUUGUGCGGCAAAACAUGGACAUGCAGUUAGUAAACGGCUACAAAAGGAACUAAUGAACCUAAUGAUGGGAACAGAAAAGGGUAUUUCAGCAUUCCCAGAUGGCGAAAAUAUAUUCAAGUGGAUCGGCACUAUCACUGGUGCGGCAAAUACUGUAUAUGCUGGCCAAAAAUAUCGUCUUUCGUUAGAAUUCCCAAACUCAUAUCCAUAUGCACCGCCAGCCGUUAAAUUUUUAACACCUUGUUUCCAUCCAAACGUAGACUUAGCUGGCUGCAUUUGUUUGGAUAUUUUGAAGGAUAAAUGGUCAGCAUUAUACGAUGUACGCACAAUCCUGCUAUCCAUUCAGUCACUUUUGGGUGAGCCUAAUAAUGACAGUCCGCUAAACGCUCAGGCGGCAAUGAUGUGGGCGGAUCAAGCCGAGUACAAAAAAUACCUGGAUGCCUUCUACGAAAAACACAAGGAUACAUAAAUUCCUAGAUGAAGAAAUGUUAAAAAACUAUGCGAUUGACGCUUUGAUAGAAAAAAUAUAAAUAAUAAUUUUGAUGGCGUUUUGGUGGUCGUCGGUUUGACGACAGUCAACGAAAUGUAUCUCCACUGUGCUGCUUUUUCACACAUCAAAUUAAUUCAUUUAUUGGUACACAACACCCAACUAACGUUAUUAUCAAAUUCAUUUGUAAUCGAGUUUAUUUUAUAGUUUUAAAAAGUUACUACAUUUUGUUGUCCGUUCACUGCCGACGCUGCCACCGUGAGCCUGUGAGCAAACACAUAAAACACAUUAAGUACUUUUUUAAGAGAUAUUCGCUAUAUAUAAGAACAUUUUAAGUAGGUGUAAUUGAAUUUUUUAUCAACGCUUUCAUGUAAUUAUUUUUGCUAUUAUUUAGUAUUUAAAAGUUUGUUUACAUAAGUGGCAGAAAUAUAUAAAACAAAUUAUUCUUAUUUAGCAUAUUGUAAAAAAUCUAAUGAAACAGUUCUAAAGCGAAGCAGUCAAACAAUAAAAACACAACUCAAAUUUAUUUGUUAAUUAUGUUUAGUUUUUGUAUUCGAUUGUAUAUGUGAAUUUCAAGUUUAAAGAAGUGUUAAGAACUUAUUGGAUAUAUAAAACAAGCACACCUAGCAUCCUAUUGGAAUUCACAGUUUCGGAAUGUAUCAUGCCCAUUACCAUCUAAAUUAUGAAAUAAUGUCAACAAAAAUUAGAAUGAUAUAAAUUGUAUUGAUUAAAGAUAAAUAAUUGUAACGGUAAAAACCACUUUGAGAAACUAAGACAUUAAAAUAGUAUUGUAUUCCCUCAUGAAAA